AUGUCUGUUAGUACACCAGGUGAGUUAGAUGCUUUGAUAGAACAAGCCACCAGUGAGAGCAUCCCAAAUGGUGAUCUUGAUCUGCCUAUAGCAUUGGAGAUUUCUGACGUCCUAAGAUCUAGAAGGGUAAAUCCUAAGGAUUCUAUGCGUUGUAUUAAGAAAAGAAUUCUUAAUACCGCCAAUAAUCCAAACACCCAACUGUCUUCAUGGAAACUUACAAAUAUAUGUGUUAAAAAUGGCGGGACACCAUUUAUUAAAGAAAUUUGUUCCAGAGAGUUCAUGGAUACUAUGGAACACGUCAUCUUAAAGGAGGACAACAACGAGGAACUGUCUCAGUUGGUGAAAACCGUAUUAUAUGAGCUAUAUGUUGCUUUCAAGAACGAUUCACAAUUAAACUAUGUAGCUAGGGUUUAUGAUAAAUUAAUCUCUCGCGGCAUUAAGUUUCCUGAAAAAUUACCCAUAUCCAAUUCUGCAACAGCAAUGUUUGAUUCAAAGACGCCUGCAGAUUGGAUAGAUUCCGAUGCUUGUAUGGUUUGUUCCAAGAAGUUCACUCUGUUAAAUAGGAAACACCAUUGCCGCUCCUGCGGUGGGGUGUUCUGCCAAGAACAUUCAUCAAAUAAUAUAGCAUUACCUGAUUUAGGAAUAUAUGAGCCAGUCAGAGUUUGCGAUAACUGCUUUGAAGAUUACGAUUUGAAGAAGCACGAUGGUAAUAGAAAAUCAAGAAAAAAUCGUCAUAACAAAAGAAGAAGGGAUAAGGACUACUCGACUCCUGAAGAUGAAGAAGAACUAAUAAGAAAAGCCAUAGAACUCUCCUUGAUAGAAUCUAGAAAUAGCACGAGUGGUGAACCUAUAGUUCCCGUCGUGGAAUCAAGGCCUACGGAACAGCUCAAUGAUGCGGGGAAAAGAGAAGAACUACAAGAGGAGGAAGAUCUAGAUUUGAAAGCUGCCAUUCAAGCAAGCUUGAGAGAAGCUGAAGAAGAAAAAAGACGCCGUGAACGCCAACAGGCACCUCAAGAGCGCCAAGCGCAACAACCGCUACCUCAGCCGCAGCCUAUCCAGUCAGUUGACUUGUCAAAUGAAGAUAAAGACAAUAUAUAUAUGUUUGCAUCACUGGUCGAAAAAAUGAAAUCCAGACCCCUGAACGAAGUCUUAGAAGAUUCCAAAUUACAGAAUUUUGCACAAAGAGUUUUUGCAUCAAAAGCUAGGUUAAAUUACGCUUUAAAUGAUAAAGCUCAAAAAUACAAUACUUUGAUAGAAAUGAAUGCUAAGAUCUCUGAAAUUAUGAGUAUAUAUGAUAGAUUAUUGGAGCAACAGCUACAAAGCAUCAAUUUAUCUCAACAAUACACUCUUCCGCAAUUCCCUUCUGACCCAUAUAAUUAUUCAACAAGCCAUAUGGCAAAUCAGGCACAAAAUUAUCAAGUGCCUUCUAUUCAGCAACCAUCAUCGUAUCAGUAUAAACAGCAACAGGAGGUUUUAUAUCAACAACCAGUACAAAUGAGUCCAUCGCUCACUACUAAUAUUGAUCAUUUGAAAACCAUCAAUAUGGCGCCAUCGACACAGCAGAAGUCCCAAUCGCAAGUUGAGCUUGCACCUUCUGAUCCACCUUAUCCAAGGGAGGAAGGGGAAGAAGAAGAAAAACAAACGGAGCAAGAUCAGAAAUCAUCCGCACAAGAACCUCAAGAAAGACCAUAUCCCGUAGAAACAGAGACACAAGAAAAUUCAAUCAAUGAGCAACCCCAAGGUAUUACACGUUAUGAUUUUCCGACUGUUCCUGCACGCAAAGUUGUUCAACCGGAGUUAGCCACACCUAUUGCAACAAGCCCCUCUGAAACCCCGAUCAAAGAAGAAAGAUCGUCAACUCCCCAAGAAGAAUUAUUAAUAGAGCUUUAA